UUAUUCUUUAUCGUUAAAAAUUCCAAUUUUGGCUUGAAAGUACUACGGAUGAAAGUUCAAUUUUAUUAGUAAGUAAAAUAAAUUAUUAUUAUUAAGAUGAAAAAAACUAUUAAACAAAUUAAAAUAUUACUAUAAUUUAGUUGGUGACUGGUUUCUAACAACAAAUAAUAUACCUUUCACAUAAAAUUAUCUUCGUAAAUAUUUUUUAAAUGAACGUUAAAACGUGUUAUUUUUUGACACAACGUUUUGUAUGUUUAAGGACUAACAAUAUAAUAUGUCCCUCGUAGUUCCACCCAUAUUGACACAAAAUAAACGCUUUCGUUGUUUUCAACUUGUUCAAGACAUUUUGUGUUUUGUUAUAACUUAUAAAUCAUUACCAAGAUCGGGGCGGACUUGGCAAACGAAUUGUUUACGUACUUCACUUGCAUAGUAACCAGCCAAAAAUGUAUUCAUGCGUAUCGUCCGCAAAUCACUUUUCUGUCCAAAAGGAAUACUCAAGACCGUUUAACGUGUCCGUUAUAUUUUGAAUAGCGUUUGUUCCUAUAAUACAUCAAUUGUGUAUUGUGAUGCAGUCAAUCGUUCAACUUUCAACUGCCAAAUACAAUGAACAUGUUAUCUAUCUAUGUUUUAACAAUCAAAGUAAUAUACGUAUAGUUAUUAAUAACAACUUGAGAACGAUCGAUGGACGUGGAAUUGGUCGACUUAGAGUCUGCCUACCAAGGUGUGAACGACGUUAUCGCGAAAUCGAUUACAGAAAACGGAAAAGACGAAGUGAUUGCACAUGUCAUCAACCAUGAGCGGUGUGGCGACGACAACUUACCGUCGUCCGAAGUACAAAAAGACAUCAGACCCAACCUAAAGGGGGACAGGCUCAAUGUGGCUUUGCUUGUACUGCUAUACAUGUUACAAGGUGUACCGGUAGGAAUUUCAUUCGCCAUUAGGAUGUACAUGCAGAACAUGAAAGUGUCGUACGUUCAACAAGCAAAGUUCGGUGUAGUCGAUAUCCCAUGGAGUUUAAAGCUAUUGUGGGCUCCGUUGGUGGACGUCAUGUACUCGCGCCGUGUGGGCAAACGGAAGACGUGGCUGGUCCCCGUGGAAUUGUGUAUAGGACUGUUGCUGAUGUUCGUAGCGCCGAACAUAAAGUGGUUGAUGGAAAACGAAACGCGUAUGACCACGUUGACGUGCGCGUUCUUUUUUCUGAACGUUUUGGCCGCCACUAACGACAUCGCCGUCGACGGAUGGACGCUCACUCUGUUGAGAAAGGAGAACUUAGGAUACGCAUCAACGUGCAAUACGUCCGGCCAAGCAUUGGGAGUAGCGUUCGGUUACGUAUUGUUCAUAUUGUUGGAGUCCGAGGAAUUUUGCAACAAGUGGCUACGUUUUACAGCCCAAAAAGGUGGCAUAAUUUCGAUGGAGGGAUAUUUAUUCUUUUGGGGAAUAAUUUACACUAUGGUAUCCGCGUCGAUUGCUGUGUUCGUGAAAGAGAAAUGCAAUCAGGCCGAUAAAAUCAGCAAAAUCAACGUCAAGCAAAUGUAUAAAUUGUUAUGGAAGAUCAUAAACCUCCGGACGAUGAAAAUAUUUACCAUGGUCAUGCUGGCAUAUGAAUUCUCGUUUUCUUCGAUGGGAACGUCCGUGUCAAAUCCAAAAUUUAUGGAAUACGGCGUGGCAAAAGAAUCCAUGGCUCUAGUUGAUCUGUCAUUGAUCCCGAUAAAGAUUUUCAUUCCUAUUUUUAUUGCUAAAUAUACGUCUGGCCCGAGACCGUUGAAAAUACUCUACAAGACGGUGCCAUAUUGGUUGGUGUUGGGAAUUUCUUCGGGAGUCCUUGUAUACUAUACGCCGAAUUUCAUAAGCGGCGAAUACAGUAAUUGGUCGUUUUACUAUUUCGUAAUUUUCGAACUCCACCGUAUUUUGAGACUGGUGUUGUUGGUUGCCGUUUACCUUAGCGUGAGGUCAUUCUUUUUAAGAAUCAGUGACCCUCGUAUCGGUGGUACAUACAUGUCACUAUUGAAUACUGUGUGGUAUUUUGGGAUGGCUAUAUCCCGAAUUGUGGCUCUGGGACUGCUCGGCUUGCUUACUGUCAAACAGUGUUCGACAGACCGGGAGAUCGAGUGCCUUUCAAAAACAGUGAAUGAUGAAGAUUGCGAAAAGUUUGCUGGAGACGAUUGCGUCAUCGUUGUGGACGGUUACUUUGUUGAAGUGGUAUUCUGUACGAUUUCCGGUGUGGCGUGGUACCUGGCCCUGAGAAAAAUCCUCGAAAACUUACAGUCCAGACAAUUGAGCGAUUGGCAAGUGAACGACGACGGACUAAUCCACGGCGUGCUACAUGAAUAACGAUCACGACGUUGCUUGCAACUUGCCAGACUCUGUUAGUCUGUGGCCUAACCAUUCCGGCAAUCGCUAAAUAAUUUUAAAAAUCUUUUUUUACACAAAAAAUUUAUCUCGAACUACUCUGAUCGUAGGUACACAGUGAGAGUUCGACAGAUAUAUUACUAAUUUAUGUACAAAAUUAAAUCUAAACAGUAUGUACUAAUUAUCUUUCUAUGUAUAUACCUGUAUUGUAUGUUAUACCUAAAUGAUUUUAAUUAUAUAAACUAACGCAAGUACCUAGUUUGAACAAAAAUAAAAACACGAAUUGGAUGUUUUAAAUGAAAAAUAAAAUACUAUUGUUAACAUUUUUCAAAUAUCUAUUCUUAUAUUUGAGUGAUACUUAUUACUUAUUAGUUAAUACCCUAUCAAUAUAUAUUUAUUAUUAUUUUUAA